AUGAAGCCGCCGCAUCUGUGCGAUCAGCCGAUGAAUCUGACGAAACGCGCUUGCUGUCAACUCAUUCUAUUUUUGAAUGAUACCGAAAGGGUGCCGCCUUGCUCGCCAUUCCCAACGACGUCGAGCCAAAAGCCUCCCGUUUAUCUCGUCGAGCCGAUUGAAGAGCACGAGGAUCACUUCACAUUCUUCUUCGGCAUUUUCCUAUUGAUGCUCAUCGCGUUGACGUGCACGUUUGGUUUGAGCAAAAUCACGAAACCAAAGGUCUCGGUCGGAUAUAAUAAUUCGAGCUCGUCGUAUGAUGUUCUAAUGUGGCUUUCGUCGAAUCCAGCAAGAAGGACCUCAAUGCUUGUUCUUCUACGCUCGAUCGCCUGCAGAAAUCCGGCGACGAGUCAGGAGAACACAUCAGUCUCUGUAGUUUCUUCAAAUGUUCCAUUGCUUCCAUCGUACCAACGAGCAACAACCGCUGCUCGCGCCGACACCGCCGCCUCACCACCGCCACCAUAUUCGCCAUCGCGAAUUGCCUAA